AUGAAAUUGUUACAAGUAGUUAAUCAAAUACAGAGAAACCAAGUACCAAAAAGUAUACCAGUAAUAACCAACCUCACAUUAAGAACAAUUCAAUCAAGAUUUUUCGCAACCCAAGCAGAAAUGAAAUUAUUUAAUCAAUUAAAUUUAACAAAAGUAGAAAAAGAUAUGCAAAUGUUUACAACAAAAAAAAUUAUAGAUGAUGAUGUAUAUAAUGUAUUUGAAAAAAACGGAUUAACAAAUUCACCAGAAUCUAUAUAUUGGACAGGUGAAGAAUUAAAUUAUAAUGAUUUAUCAAAUAAAGUAAAAUUUGAUUUUUUUGUAAGAGACCUAAAAACUGUUAAAAAAUAUUUUGAAAAUAAACCUUUUAAUGUUAUAUCAACUGGUUGUUUGAUUGAUAAAUUAAUUGAUGUUGUUGAAUCAAAUUUAGAUGAUGGUAAAUUACAAACAAUUUACAAAAAAGAUUUUGAUAUAUAUCCAUUUAUUAGAUUGAUUAAUACUUUACCUGAUGUUUGGGAUUUACAUUGUAAAACAAAUUCAAUGUUGGAUGAAUGGUGUAAGUUAGUACCUAAUAUUGAUCCUUUGGAAAUGAAGUUUAAAACUGAUAAAGUUGGGAAUGUUGCUUAUAAGGAGAAGUUCUUUUAUAAGCGUCCUCAAGAAAAAGCUGAAGCUUGA